AUGGCUUUACAAGUAUUCCAAAACGGCAAUGGCUUCCUCAGCACCAGCCAAGGCUUCAAGACCGGCCCACCACCGCUCUACAUAACGGCCGAGACGGACGACUUCGACGAGGUCAUCAUACAAGCAUGGCGAGACGAGGGCUACAAUGUCCAGUACAUACCUUUUGGAGACGGCGGGAAAGCGUAUACGAACACGCUGAAACGGCUUGGAGAUAGUCUGUCGAUUGGAGAGUCAUUUGCUAUAGUAGCGUUCGGUGAUGCAGCAGGAAUAUGUCUGGACGUCUUUCAACAGAAACACACGCCACGGCUCUGCGCGCUUGUUGCCUACUACCCAUCCACGAUCCCCGACCCGAAGAACUCCUUCCCAAACUCCUUCCGCGUGCUCGUGCAUCUAGCUGGCGGCGUGGUUGGCGUGCGUCGAAACCCGGAGGUCCUGGGAAUACAGGGCAAGAAGAAGACAUACCGACGAAAGGUCGGUCCUGGCAUCGGCACCGGCGGCUUUAUGAAGCUCGGCUAUCCUGCGUACACGUACGAGGGCGUGGAGUCAGGAUUUGCGGAGAGCGAUCUGGAUGAGUACGACAAGGUUGCCGAGCGGGUUGCGUGGAGUAGGAGCUUGGCGACGAUACGGAAAGGCUUCAUCGCGGAGGUAAACAUUGAGGUCAUAAAAGAACAGCAUACCGAAAGUAGGUUCCGCGUUUCUCCGGACGAGACGGUCCAGAAAAUGGCCCACAAACCCUUCGUGAACUACGUUCCCACAAUGACAGGCGGCGUCGGUAAGAAGGAGCUCGUGCGCUUCUACAAGGAGUUCUUCGCCAAGUCCAAUCCGCCGUCUAUGGUCAUGCGUCUGCUAUCCCGCACGAUAGGUGUAGACCGUGUGGUUGACGAGAUCCACAUAUCGUUCAAGCACACCCAGGAGAUGUACUGGAUGCUUCCCGGCAUACCAGCGACAGACAAGCAGGUCGAGGUGGCUGUCGUUAGCGUUGUAGCCGUACGCGGAGGAAAGCUCUACAGCGAGAAUGUGUACUGGGAUCAGGCGUCUGUGCUGAUGCAGCUUGGUCUGCUGGAUCCGAAAUAUAUACCGAAGAAUAUGCGGGACAAAGGUAUCGAGGAGCUUCCUGUGUGGGGCGCGGAAUCCGCGAGGAGGGUGGUGGACGAAGAGAGUGAGCCGAGUAAUGAGUUGAUAGUUGAAUGGGAGUAA